UUGCUCAAUAAAGCAAUAACAUUCACUUUCCUACUCUUGAAUCUUUCUAUCCUAUCAAAUAAAUUAAUAAAAUGAGUUCAAAUUCUGCAGCAAGCUCAGCCACCAACAGACUCGAAGGCAGAGUGGCUGUAAUAACCGGUGGAGCAAGCGGCAUUGGCGAGUGUUGCGCGAGACAAUUUGUGAAACAAGGAGCCAAAGUAGUGAUCGCCGAUAUCCAAGAUGAACUUGGCCAAUCUCUUUGUAAACAAAUCGGUUCAGACGAAACAAUCUCUUAUAUCCACUGUGAUGUCACGUCUGAUUCGGAUGUCCAAAACGCUGUCGAUUUGGCGGUCUCCAAGUACGGAAAGCUAGAUAUCAUGUUCAGCAACGCUGGCAUUAUGGGGAAGUCAGACGGCACCAUUUUAGCGACAGAUAAUGAAGAUUUCAGAACCGUUCUUAAUGUUAAUACGUUUGGUUCUUUCUUGGCGGCCAAACACGCCGCCAGAGUGAUGAUUCCUGCGAAAAAAGGCUGCAUUCUGUUUACUUCAAGUGUCGCUGCCGUAACCUGUUUGAAGACUCCGCAUCCAUAUGUUGUAUCGAAACAUGCAGUGAUUGGCUUGGCAAAAAACUUGUGUGUAGAAUUAGGGCAAUAUGGGAUAAGGGUGAACUGUAUCUCCCCGUUCGCAGUUGUAACUCCAUUAGCGAAGACAGCGUUGGGAUUAAUGGAGACGGAGAAGGAGAAAAUCGAAGAAUUGGUGUCGGAAUCAGCAAAUUUGAAAGGGGUGAUGUUGGAAGCAGAAGAUAUAGCAGAGGCAGCUAUUUAUUUGGUAAGUGAUGAAUCUAAAUAUGUGAGUGGAUUGAAUCUGGUGGUUGAUGGCGGUUUUAGUCUCACCAAUCCUUCAUUUGAGAUAGCUAUGAAAAACUUUCAUGCUUCUUGAGCUUUGUGAGUAAGUGUAAGUAAUUUAUGGUAAUCAGACGUUGUAAUUCCAUGCUUUUGUGCUGCUUGUUUUCAAAUAAAUUUGGUUGCCUCAAUGAAUUAGCAAGUUAGCUUUUUUUUAACCAAUGGGAGUUGGUCCAAGUGGUAAGCGAUUUGAUAUCGCUUAAGCAAGGUAUCGGAUUCGAGUCCUUGUGAAUGCAGAAAAUUUUCACUGGCAGACUUACCCACCAUGUCAGAUGCACAAUGCGGGUCAGAUUCGGAUUACUCAGGACGAAACCUUAAAAACCGAAUGGGCUUACCAAAGAGAAAAAGUUAGAUUUUUUUGAUUCUAGAUAUAACUGAUACCUUUACCUUGUACUUAUUUCUAGUUCUACCUUUAUUGGGGCUAAAUAUUUUUGUAGUUUUUUUUUCUGAGAUAAAAGAAUAAACAAGGCAAAAAAAUUACAAUCCA